AUGAACUUCAGCAAACGGACCUCAGCCGGAUUCCAGAUAUCGAUGGACAACGUCAAAAUCCUGAUUGUUCGGCCGAGCGUGUUAAUCCCCACUGCGGAAGUUGUGGUGAAAACUGUAGCGGACAUUUCCAUAUCCCCUCAACCAACCUCACCUAAUUUGUCUAGUGCAUGCGGGUUUACUAGAUCACUAGACUGGCCUGCUACACAAGCACACAAAUCACGUGACAAACGCCGUCCCGCCCGCAACCUUGACCGAGAACAAUCUCGUGGACCUCCAACAUGGUUAACACACGCACACAGGGAUGUAGAGUGGCCCGGCUCUAAGCAUGCAGAUUCCCCUGAAUUCCGGAGGACUCCUCUACCCAAAUUACAAGUCGUUGCAGGAUGCGAGGAAUUCACGUUCACAUCACUCCCACAUACAACGUUCCCUCCUGUUCUGGAGUCAUUUUAA